AUGGCUGGCUCCAUGUUCCCUGCAAGCUAUUCACCUUUUUUGUUCUUGACUUUCGAGCUUAUCAUCAUCGGUGCGAGCCUCACUCUCCACUCAUACGCGAAGCCCUACGACGAUGCUAGCCUCAAUGCCAUGGAACUUGGCACAUUGUUCGCAUCCGCGACAGCAAUCCUCAGUGCCGUGGUAUUAACCCUGCAGCCAAUCGAUUGGACGCUGGACAGCAGCAUCAACAAACCCACCCUCGCCGUGUUUACAGGAUCCAUCGCGGUCCCAGCAGCUGUGUUGAUGCUGCUCCUGGCACAAGAGGUGAUCUUGGGAUUCCUCGGCUCCUCUACAGCCGAAAGUGCUUCCAGCACGGUCGAAGAGAGCACCGUCAAAGACGUCGGCGUACAGACAGCCGGAACGUGA